ACUUACGCUUGACGCUGUGAGAGCUCGAGCCUCCAGCAGCAGCAGCAGCAGCAGCAGCAGAAACGCCCUGCAUCCACUCUCCUCUUCCUCCAACAUCCAUCCACCGUCCGCGUCUCCCGGCUCUCCUCUGCUCCUCUUGCCGCGGAGGAGUCACUCUGAGCGGGACUGAAGACGCACCAAACCUCGCUGGAGAAAAUGGCAUUUUAACUCUUUAGAGGAAAAACCAAGAAGAGACAUGGAUGUUUUGCCUUUUUCCUUCCACCACCACCUCCUCCUCCUCCUCCUCCUCCUCGCUUCCCUGAGCUGCUCUUCCGCCUCUGCCGACAGGAGAUUCGGUUGCCUCUUUGAGAAUGAGUUGUGUUCCCACUACGAGAUCUGCGUCAAUGAUGGCAUGUUUGGGAGGUGUCACUCUGUUCCAGUGAAGGAGGUUUACACUUACGAUGUCUCCCCAUCUGUGGUGCAACGCUUCAGGUCACUGCUCGAGAAGCUCUCCAACCGAGGCUUGACCUGGGAGGAUGACACCACUCAGCAGGUUCUGUCCAAAGAGUUGUCCAAGCUGAGGAGGAUCCCCUACAGGCCUCAGCAGAUCGGAGCAGACUACAACAGGGACAGCAGGCCGACAGCUGAAGCGAUGGACCCACAGGACCAGAGGGUGAAGCCACUGGAGGUGGAGCUGAGCAGAAACCUGAAGAUGUACCUCCAGCGUCUCGGACUCCUUCCCAGGACAUCGUCUGCCUCGGGUCUGAGCGCUCCAGGCAAGAGUGACCGUUUCCAGUCCGUCCCCGAAGACUUCUAUCGCUCCAUGGCCCAGCCUUCAUCUCAGAGAUCAUCUCCCUCCAGCUUCUCUCCUGUUUCAUCUCUCCAGAAGCAGAGACCUCCACCUGACCAGAUGCUGGCCAUGCAGGCUGAGGGUGACCUUCUCCUGGGGGCCCUCAGGCAGUAUCUCUCCGGGCGUCUGCCCUUGCACCGUGAGGGCCUGGGACCCAGCCAGCAGGAGGCCCCUUCGCCCCGUCUGCGUCCCUUUUACAGCAAUGGAAAAGAAAAUUCUGGGCUCAAAAUGGAGACCUUGAAACCCAGGCCUCUGGAGUUGGGGAGAACUCAAGGGGCUUCAGUCAGGGACCCUCUGACUUCUGUGGAUGAGAGGUUCAUCGAGAAGGUUCUGAACAACGUCGGCCAGCAGCACGUAGACGUGGACGAACUGACACAGCAGGACUUGGACCAGCUGUCCAGCCUCAUAGCUGACGCUCUGCAGGUGGUGGACAAGGACAGAGGACUAAACAGGGGCCGGAUCUGGGAUAGACCUGAACCGAGAGACCUGGAAGAACAGAGGAGUGUGGAAGAAGAAGAGGACGAGGCUGCCAAGGAUGAGGAAGAGAAGAAAUUGCUUCAAAAUGCCCCAACACUGAAGCCACAGGAGAGCGCUUCAAUUGUGCCUCCAGCACUUCAAGAGCGCCAAACGGAUGCAGAGGAGCAAAGUGUGAAGGACAAGCCUGAGAGCGAAAACCUCUUCACCAAACUUCUCGCCUACCUUGACAAAACUUCCUCCGACGCCUCCCCUGCAGCAAGAACUCGUGACGAUGUUUCCAUGGAGACUCCCAGCGGCCACCAGGUGGGGAUGGAAAACGUCCAGAGUCGAACCAGCCAGGCGGCAAUGACGGUGGAGAAAAAGGACGCCACCCAGUCCGUGGAGGAGGUGUCAGAGGUGCACGGCUGGAUCAAAGAGGUGGCGCCCCCUCCUGCCUCGUUAGUGUACGAAGAGCCGCACAAGAAGACGAUGCACGUUCCUGAACUCCAGCUGGACGUUAAAGCGGGGAGGAAGAAGGCUGAGGAUGACGUGUUUGGCUACGUCAUCACUGACACAGAUGGGCUGCAGACGGAUGAAGGCCUCCACCUGAUGGAGGUUCUGGCUCGUAUGUCUAAAAUCCAGAUGACCGACUUCUCUGAGCUCUCGGUGGUGGGCCCCGCUGUGACCUUCAAAGUGGGUCCGAACACUCAGAACGUCAGCACCACAGAUGUGGCCAACGUAGCUGUCAAGCAGAAAGACGAUCUGGAGAAGGAAAUGAAGCUCAGCAUCCUGGAGGCCGGAGUCACGGACGGAAACCAGAUCAAACAGAUCCCCACCAAGUACAGCCAAGCCGAGUCCACCAAGUUCCUCGUCCUCACCGUGGUGUCCAUCCUCUGCAUCGUUGGGGUUCUGUUGGCGUCCACAGUUGUCUACUGCCUCCGUCACCGUUCCCACCACAAGCUUAAGGAGAAGCUCACCAACCUGGGAACAGAUACUGGCAGUGAUGCUACCGCCACCUAUCAGGAGCUGUGUCGGCAGCGCAUGGCUGUCAAACCUCCGGUGGAGCGCCAGGAGCCGAUCUCCUCCAGGAUCAACAGCGUGUCGUCUCAGUUCAGCGAUGCCGGUCAGGCCGUCAGCCCGUCCGCACGGAGCAGCGUCUCCUCCUGGAGCGAAGAGCCUGCCCACUCCAACAUGGACAUCUCCACCGGUCACAUGAUACUGUCCUACAUGGAGGACCACCUGAAGAAGAAGGACCGCCUGGAGAAGGAGUGGGAGGCCCUGUGUGCCUAUCAGGCAGAACCCAACGCCAGCACCAUAGGCCUGAAGGAUGGUAACGCCAAGAAGAACCGCUCCGCUGCUGUUGUGGCAUAUGAUCACUCCAGAAUCACCUUGAAGGUGGAGAACAGCCAAGGCAACUCUGAUUACAUCAAUGCCAGCCCGAUCAUGGAUCAUGAUCCCAGGAACCCUGCCUACAUCGCCACUCAAGGCCCCCUGCCCUCCACAGUGGCUGAUUUCUGGCAGAUGGUUUGGGAGAAUGGCUGCGUCGUCAUCGUCAUGUUGACACCUCUGGUCGAGAGUGGAGUGAAGCAAUGCUACCACUACUGGCCCGAUGAGGGAUCCAACCUGUAUCACAUCUACGAGGUGAACCUGGUGUCUGAACACAUCUGGUGCGAUGACUUCCUGGUUCGUAGCUUUUACCUGAAGAACAUGCAAACCAACGAGACACGAACUGUCACUCAGUUCCACUUCCUGACCUGGCUCAACCAGAACGUCCCGGAGACUAGCCGGACGCUGCUCGACUUCCGCAGGAAAGUUAACAAGUGCUACCGGGGACGCUCGUGUCCUAUCAUUGUCCACUGCAGUGACGGGUCAGGAAGAAGUGGGACCUACAUCCUGGUGGACAUGGUCCUCAACAAGAUGGCUAAAGGCGCCAAGGAGAUUGAUAUUGCAGCAACUCUGGAACACCUGAGGGACCAGAGGCCAGGGAUGGUUCAGACUAAGGAUCAGUUUGAGUUUGCAUUGACGGCCGUUGCUGAGGAAGUGAACGCCAUUCUGAAAGCUCUUCCACAGUAGGAAGGAGCACCUCCUUCUGAUGGACCCUCUUCUUCUUCCUCCUCCUAUGCUGUCUCAUCUGGCAGACCGUUCCUGUUUUAACGUCCUCUUGUGUCCAUCUCCUGUUACCUUAAAUUGAAUUGCUGUUAACAUCCCCUUCUUCUCAUCCUUGUUUUGUCUCCUUUCCUUACUUCUAAUCCCAUUUUUUUCUGGUCUCCUUUACUUCCUUCUGUCCAACUUACACAACUUCUUGAAAUGCCUCCUCUUCUUUCCUGUCUCCUCUCUCCAUCUUAGUAAACAUUGUGCCAGGAAUCUGUCAAACCAGUUGUGUACAUAGAUAGACCUUCCCCCUAUUGUGCUGAUCCAUGCAGCCUGUUUUCCAAAGUGACAUUUAAACCCAUUUUGAGUUAUAAAGAUGUUUCUCUAUGUUCUUUUAAGAGUAUAUUUAUCAGAGUUUAUUUGGGUCAGCAUGUGAGAGUUGACCUUACUGGGCAUUGCUCAGAUUUGGCUGGAUUUGGAACUUCUUCAAUUUUGGGUAUCACCAAAAUUACUUAAAUCUGUUUAAGUCAUUGUGAAUUUCAUAUUUUUGUGUUCUUGUACUGUAAGUUGGAAAAUGCCAUCAAUCUGAUGUAUGCAUCUCAAGGGGUUAUUCCUAAUAAAUAUUUCAAAUCUGAGGAUGUUGCAUUGGGAAGUUGCCACAAUCAUUUUUCUCAAUUUUCCAAAUUUCUUCUGAUAAAAAUGGAAUUAAAAGGAAAAGAGAAAGAAGUCAUGGAUAAAUCUUUGAUGAAAACAUCCUUACUCGUGGCCCUAGAUAUGAAUCCAUCCCCCCAAAUGACAUGUACUGUUGGUGUAUGCCAGUCUACUAGAUUUACGCCCUUGGUAGGUCAUUGUUGUGAACUUUUGGAUGACGUUUCUCAUCAUGUCGAUAUCAAACAGUCAUUUGUGUGUCUGAUUUUAGUGCCAUGCAGUGUGAUAUGUUUUAAUGCAGUACGCUGGAGUGCCACAAACUGUGUCCUAAUUCAGGGGAAGGAUCCUUCAGCGUAGAGCACAUUUAUAUCGCUCACUAUUCCAUUGAGUUGGAAGAAAAUGCCACUUUUAAUAGCGUAUUACUCGGCUGCUUGAAAGUCCACCAUCUCAUUUGAUUUGGCACGCGAAUAAUCAUGGAAUAUGUUAGGCUGCAUAGGAUGAACCAGAAGCAUAUUCGUAGCCUUGGAAAAGUAGUUCGCACUUGAAGGAGCCUACAAAAAGCUUUUGACAUGCUGCAAGGACAUGGACCCUGAAUUGGGACACAGCUACAGUCUUGGUUAGUGAGGUCAAAACAAGACACAAAAACUUAAAACUAGUAUUUUUCUGAACACUAAGUAAUUAAAACACAAAUAGGAUGUUGCUUUAGAAUUUGUGAUAAUUCAUUUAUACAUCUAAUACUUUCAGCUGACUCUAAGAAAACAAAAUACUGGAUUUGAGCAUGAGUUAAAAAACACAUAUAAUUUUUCCAUUGUAUAAAUUCCAUCAACCUUGUGAAAGCAAUAUUUGUAUUUCUUAACCUGAAUCAUUAUCUCUCGUGGAUGACCAAUGUUGUGGCUUGUCAGUGAAGUUACACUCAUGUCUGCCUUAAUAAAAACACAGUAGAUGUGUUGA